AUGGAUGUGGCACAAAUGACCAAGCGCAAAGACGAGGUGGUCAAACAAAAUAAUGAGGGGAUUUUAUUUCUCUUUAAAAAGAACAAAAUCACCUUUUUCCAUGGCCGUGGCUCCUUUGUCAAAGCGGCAGAAGGCAGCUACGAAAUCAAGGUCAGUGGCAAAGUAGAGGAAAACCUGCAAGCCAAGCAAGUGAUUGUGGCCACAGGUUCCAGCGCACGGGUACUGCCUGGAGCGGCCUUUGAUGAAGUCAAUAUUUUGAGUAACGAUGGCGCUUUGCGCCUGGCUGCCGUGCCUAAAAGGCUGGGCAUAGUGGGCUCGGGCGUGAUCGGGCUGGAAAUGGGUUCCGUCUGGCGCCGGCUGGGCGCUGAAGUCACGGUACUUGAAGCCAUGCCCAACUUUUUGCCCGCAGCCGAUGAGGCUGUGGCCAAAGAAGCGCUUAAAGUCUUUGCUAAACAAGGACUUAAACUGGAAUUCGGUGUCAAAAUCAGCGAAAUCAAAAACGCCAAAAAAGGCGUAUCCGUGCUCUACAACAACGCCAAAGGUGAGGCGCAGACGCUGGAGGUGGACAAACUCAUCGUUUCCAUAGGCCGCGUGCCCAAUACUGCUGGCCUCAAUGCCGAUGCCGUGGGUUUAAAGUGCGAUGAGCGUGGCGCCAUCGUGGUCAAUGACUUAUGUCAAACCAAUUUGCCUGGCGUGUGGGCUGUGGGCGAUGUGGUGCGUGGCCCUAUGUUGGCGCAUAAAGCGGAGGAAGAGGGCGUAGCGGUUGCUGAGCGUAUGGCCGGGCAGCAUGGGCAUGUCAAUUUCAAUACGAUUCCUUGGGUGAUUUAUACGCAUCCAGAGAUGGCUUGGGUGGGCAAGACUGAGCAGCAGCUCAAAGCCGAAGGGCUGGCUUAUAAAGCAGGGCAGUUUCCUUUCUUAGCCAAUGGUCGC